AUGGCCGAUACAGCAGCAGGCUACAACUUCCAGCUCUAUCGAUAUACUCCAUCGUUGCCAGCGGCGGUUAUCAGCUUAUCUGUCUUCGCUAUUCUCACGGGACUUCAUACAUGGAGACUUGUUCGAGCGAGAGCUUUUUAUUUCAUAUCCUUUACUGUCGGCGGAAUUUUCCAAACAAUUGGUUACGGAGGACGCAUUUGGUCUCACUAUGAUAAGCUUGUCAUUGGCGGCUUCGUCAUCCAGGCAAUAUUGAUCCUCAUCGCGCCUGCACUUUAUGCAGCUUCAAUCUACAUGAUCCUUGGCCGCCUGAUUAGUACCCUUCGUGGCGAACACCUUUCUCUGGUACCUGUCAGAUGGAUUACAAGGAUUUUCGUGAUCGGGGAUGUUAUCUCUUUCAGCCUCCAAGCCGGCGGUGGUGGUAUCCAAGCAGGUGGUACUUUACAACUAUACGAAACGGGAGAAAAGAUAAUCAUUGCCGGCUUGUUUUGCCAAAUCCUGAUCUUUGGCUUCUUCGUUGCCACAUCAGUCCUGUUCCACCACCGCCUUAUUCAGCGGCCAACUCCCAAGGCAAUGAGCAACAGCAUACCUUGGCGGCGUUAUUUUCACGUCCUCUACAUUACCAGUGGACUGAUACUAGUGCGAAGCGUAUUUCGUGUUGUCGAGUAUCUUCAAGGAAACGACGGUUACCUAAUCUCACAUGAGGUAUUCCUUUAUGUUUUUGACACAAUUCUAAUGGCUACUGUUAUGGUCAUCUUUUUGGUGUACUAUAUUGAACAUCUACAAGGCGCUAAUUUCCGAAAGUCAGAGGCGGUAAGAGAAACACUUGACUCGGAAGACUACGAGGUCGAGGAGUUGAGGUGA